AAUAAAUCAAUGGAUGUGUUCAGCAUUUAAGAAAAUUCUGAUUUAUUUGAUUUCUCUCGAACAGUCUUGAAGCUAAUCCAAUCUUGAAAUUCCAAAUCACGAAGAAAGGGAUAAAAUAAAUUAUAAAAUCUUAGAAGCGUACCCGUGAAGUUUAUAUAUACUUUAAUCGAACACUCUCCACAGGUGUAGCUUCUUACAAAUUAAAAUUGAGAUGCAUGACAGUGCUUUUUCGUGCAGAUUUGUGCACUGUGGAGACCUUAACAGAAUAAAGUAAUAACUUCACCGAAACACAUUACAAAGACAGAGAGAGACCCACCAAACGAAGUCUCAAGUUUGUUUCAUCGUACUCACAAAGUAAUCAAGGUUUUGUUCUGCCUAAGAAGGACUACCAUAUAUCAGCAAACAUAAAAGAUGGUUGAUCCAAAGAAUAGUUCCUUGUAUGGAGUAUAUGGAGCUGUGGCAGCUAUAGUCAUUGGCAUCUUGUUUUCGGCUUUGUUCUUCGGAAAGAAAAGAGGAAAAAUAAGAGGUGUGCCAAUAGAAAUUGGUGGUGAGGCAGGUUAUGCAGUACGUAAUGCUCGAAAAACUGAGUUAGUUGAUGUUCCUUGGAAAGGAGCCCCAACAAUGGCUCAUCUAUUUGAGCAAUCCUGUAAUAAAUAUGCCCACAAUCGAUUUCUUGGAACAAGAAAACUAAUUCAAAGGGAGUUUGUUACCUCUAGUGAUGGCAAGAGGUUUGAGAAGCUUCACUUGGGAGACUAUGAAUGGGAAACCUAUGGAGAGGUAUUUGCUCGCGUGUCCAAUUUUGCAUCUGGUCUUCUUAAGUUAGGCCAUAAUAUAGAUAGUCGUGUUGCCAUUUUCUCUGAAACCCGGGCUGAGUGGCUUAUUGCCCUUCAGGGUUGCUUCAGGCAGAAUGUAACAGUUGUUACUAUUUAUGCUUCUCUAGGUGAGGAUGCCCUGAUCCACUCACUAAACGAGACAGAAGUAUGCACUCUGAUCUGCGACUCCAAACAGUUGAAGAAGUUGGAUGCCAUACGAUCAAGUCUAACAUCUAUCCAGAACAUUAUUUACUUUGAAGAUAACGAAGAAGAUACUUUCUCAGGAAGUUCAAGCAACUGGACAAUUGCAUCUUUUAGCGAAGUUGAGAAAUUUGGGAAAGAAUGUCCUGUUGAACCAAGCCUGCCUUCAAAGAAUGCUAUUGCAGUUACCAUGUACACAAGUGGCAGUACAGGUCUACCAAAGGGUGUAAUGAUUACUCACGGGAACAUUGUAGCCACUACAGCAGCUGUCAUGACAGUGAUUCCAAAUCUAGGUCGUAAGGACGUAUACCUGGCUUACUUGCCCCUUGCUCACGUUUUUGAAAUGGCAGCAGAGUCUGUUAUGCUGGCUGCAGGUGUUGCAAUUGGUUAUGGCUCUCCUCUGACUUUGACUGACACAUCUAAUAAAAUCAAGAAAGGAACCAAGGGAGAUGCUACUGUGUUAAAGCCCACCCUUAUGACAGCAGUACCAGCUAUUCUUGAUCGGAUUCGAGAUGGAGUUGUGAAAAAGGUUGAGGAGAAAAGGGGGCUUGUGAAGAAUCUUUUUCAUUUUGCAUACAAUCGCCGAUUGGCAGCUGUAAAAGGUAGCUGGCUAGGAGCUUGGGGAUUGGAAAAGUUGGUGUGGGAUACCGUUGUCUUUAAAAGAAUUCGUACUGCACUUGGAGGCCAGCUCCGGUUUAUGCUUUGCGGUGGAGCCCCUUUAUCUGGUGACUCACAACAUUUCAUCAAUAUUUGCAUGGGAAAAAACAGAAGAAACGUAAAUGAAAUAAAGUGCAAAGAGAAGAAGAACAAAAGGAAAAGAAAAGAAUCCAGAACAACCAAGGUUCCUAUUGGACAAGGAUAUGGCUUGACUGAAACAUUUGCUGGGGCUGCCUUCUCAGAGUGGGAUGACUACAGUGUGGGGCGUGUUGGUCCACCUCUUCCUUGUUGCUACAUUAAGCUUGUUUCUUGGGAAGAAGGAGGGUAUCUGACAUCAGACAGACCACUGCCACGGGGAGAGAUUGUGGUUGGGGGAUUCAGCGUAACAGCUGGUUACUUUAAGAAUGAAGAAAAAACUAAAGAAGUGUUCAAGGUGGAUGAGAAAGGUAUGCGCUGGUUUUAUACUGGUGAUAUUGGGCAAUUCCAUCCUGACGGGUGUCUUGAAAUCAUAGAUAGGAAGAAAGACAUUGUCAAACUUCAACAUGGAGAAUAUAUCUCUCUUGGAAAGGUUGAGGCAGCCCUAUCAUUAUGUGAUUAUGUGGAUAAUGUGAUGGUUUACGCAGACCCCUUUCACAAUUACUGCGUUGCUCUAGUUGUUGCCUCACAUCAGUCCCUGGAGAAGUGGGCCCAACAAGCUGGUAUUGAAUAUAAAGAUUUUCCGGAUCUCUGCAACAAACCUGAAACUGUCACUGAGGUCUUACAAUCUAUUUCCAAGGUUGCAAAAGCUUCAAAACUGGAGAAAACUGAAAUUCCUGCAAAGAUCAAGUUGCUACCAGAUCCAUGGACACCUGAAUCUGGAAUAGUCACUGCUGCUCUCAAGAUAAAGAGAGAGCAGCUGAAAGCUAAAUUCAAAGAUGAUCUUCAGAAGUUGUAUGCGUGAAGUAGCUAACCUCUUCUCAAUGUAUUGUCUAGUGCAGUUUAUGUAAUAUAGAAGCUUUAAUCUCUUUCUUUUCAAUAUCUGAAAGCCAUAUUUCUGGUUGAUGUAUGUUUAUUAUGUAACUCAUCUGACAUAACAAACACACUCCACAACAUAAUAAUUUGGAUGUAAACAUGAAUUCUUGCCCAUGAAGCAGAAUGUGUUACACUGGUGUCUGCACAUACGUUCGUACAAUGAUACCAUGUAAUGGCUAGCACUAUAUAGUGAUUUAUGAGCAGUUAUCUCAGUU